AUGGCCAUGGCUAUCACUGCUUCCAGUAUUCGAUUUCACUUCACUGCUGCUACUGAAAAACCUAUUUUCUCUGUUCCUUUUUUGAAGCUAUCUUCUAGGUUUACUCAUACUAUGCCAUCUUACUUUCUUCAUAAAACAAGAUUGUUAUCUUCUGGAACUACAAUUAUCCCUCGAGCAGCACCACCUGUUACUCAUCUGCAGGAUGCUAAUCAAGGUGUGACUGAUACCGUUCCGACUCCGAUAGUUAUAAUUGACCAAGACUCUGAUCCAAAUGCAACUGUGGUGAAGAUAACUUUUGGUCAUCGGCUUGGAGCUCUCCUUGACACGAUGAGUGCAUUAAAAAGCUUAGGUCUCAAUGUUGUUAAGGCAAAUGUCUUUUUGGAUUCUUCUGGCAAACACAACAAGUUUUUCAUCACAAAAGCUGAUACUGGCAGAAAAGUCGAAGAUCCAGAGUUGUUAGAAGCAAUUCGUUUGACAAUUAUAAAUAAUCUGAUUCAGUAUCACCCGGAAUCAAGUUCUCAGUUAGCAAUGGGAGCGGCUUUUGGACUUCUACCUCCGAAAGAGCAGGUUGAUGUGGACAUUGCAACACGCAUAAAUAUCUCUGAUGAUGGUCCAGAUCGAAGUUUGUUCUAUGUGGAGACAGCUGAUCACCCUGGAUUACUCGUUGAACUUGUAAAAAGUAUUACUGAUAUUGACAUUGCUGUUGAAUCUGGAGAAUUCGACACUGAGGGGCUCUUGGCCAAGGCGAAGUUUCAUGUUAGCUACAAAGGCAAAGCAAUCAGCAAGCAGCUGCAGCAGGUUCUUGCUAACAGUUUGAGAUAUUUCCUGAGGCGUCCGACAACCGAGGAAUCCAGUUUUUGA